GCGUCUCCCAUCAUGCUCUGGGUCGUCGGCGACUGGUUCUGUAAACUGCGUCCGCCUCGAUCUCGUGAGGUUAUCGAUGCCCACGUGUGCAUGACGUCGGAGCAAGUCGGACACCAGUCUAACCAGCAUGCAUUGUGCGCAGGCUCAUGUCGAACAUAUUAUACAGGAUGCAUAACUGCCAGGGGCUUGGUGGAGUGCUGGGGAGGCUGAGUUUGCACUGUUGUCCCAUGUAUGUUUCUGUGUGGCUCUCAUAUGUCACACACAGUGUACGGUGCGCAGUAAGUAGCUGUACAGUUAGAAAAUGAAAGUAAAAAAAAAGAAGAAGAAGCAGUUUCCAGAUCACUUCCUUAUAAUGAGCAGCAUGGCAGCUUCGCUUCAGACGAAAGAAAUGUGUGUUUUGUUGACGUGGCAGAGGAUUUUGGUCUAAGAUAAGAUAAGAUAAGAUAUUCCUUUAAUAGUCCCACAAUGGGAAAAUUCCAAAGGGAGCUUGUCAUCCAGUAUUGCUCUGAUUUGCAUUCACAUUUGCAAGUGCAGGUUCUGACCUGGUGUCACACUGCAAUGCUUUAUGGGUACCAACUGAAAUUUUUAAUGGGGAACGGGUGGAGACGCUUAAAGCACAUCUUUAUCUGCUUCCUGGGAGGAGCAUUCCUCUUGCUUAUAUAUCUCAACAUUGACUGGAAGUCGGGGAACUUGGAUGAUCCCGGGCCGUAUUAUGUGGCCUAUCCACGGAACUACAAAUUCAUCAUGGAUGACACGCCAACGUGUAAGAGCAAGACUCCUUUCUUGGUCCUGAUGGUUCCGGUCGCACCCGGUGACGUGGCAGCUCGGGACGCCAUCCGACAGACGUGGGGAAAUGAGAAACUGGUUCUGGGUCAGCUGGUCGAGACUCUCUUCAUUCUGGGCCUACCUGGGGGAGCCGAUGCAGAGCAGCAGCAGGAGAAGCUCAUACAGGAGAACCUGCUGCACCAUGACCUGAUCCAGAGUGACUUUCAGGACAGCUACCGCAAUCUGACCAUCAAGACUAUGAUGAUGCUGGAGUGGCUGGUUGCGCACUGUGUGAAGGCUUCCUAUGUCAUAAAGAUUGACUCAGAUAUGUUACUCCAUGUCAAGAAUUUGGUUAAACUGUUGCUGGAUCCCAGCACUGCCAAACAAAACUACAUGACAGGUUUGGUGUGGUGGCACAGCCCAGUUUUAAGAAACCCAUUUAACAAAUUUUACAUGCCGAGAAAUGUGAUUGCUGAGCCAGAAUACCCUCCCUACCCUCUGGGCAUGUCCUACGUCAUGUCCAUGGACCUGUCUGCGAAGAUCCUGGGAGUCUCUCCUCAGAUUAAACCUCUCUACAUCGAAGACGUCUACCUGGGUAUGUGCCUAAAACGCCUGGGCAUUUCCCCCACCGACCCUCCUGAAAGUACUAUGUUUAUUGUCGACCCGCAGCAUCCUCUGAGCGGCUGCAGCCUGUCGAAAGUGAUCGCUGUUACAACAACAAGCAUCCCGCAGAUGACGAGUUAUUGGGAGAGGAGCAGACAGCCAGAGGCUAAGUGUUGAACUUUGUCAGGUUUACCAAGACUGACUUUAGAGUUUUUGAUGGUGGGUUGAUACUGUGGUAACCUGAAUCUGACAUAUAUUUUAAAUAAAUUGAAAUCGAGCAUAUUUUGUUAUGUGUUUGCAGACAACUUGGAAGCACCUGUGUUCUGGGUUGGACAGAAACAUGUCUUUUGGUAUAAAAAAAACCAAAACAGAUUUAAGGAUUUGAACCCAAAUCGACUUCCUGAGCUGUAUCAGCUCUCACACUAACAGACUGAUUCUCUACAUGUUUUACAUACAAACAUAAUGUUGUCCUUCCUUUUUAAAGGUCAAGUGUGUAACAUUUAAGUAGAUAUAUUGUCAGAAAUGGAAUAUAAUAUUCAUAGGUGUUUUUUUUACCUUCAGAAUGAGACAUUUUUAUCUACUGAUGCCGCAGGUCGCCUUAAACUUAUUUUUCUCAUUUCCUAAGCACAUGUCUUACUUUAUGCAACCCUCUUGCACUUGUGUCAGCUAGAAUUUGAAAGUGAAUGUUCUGGCACCUUUUGUUUAUAGCUUCUCCUUUACCUACUGUAGCUUGGAUUGUAGGGGGGCAGGUGCCACAGAACCAUGGCCUAAGACCCUUGCAGGGCAAGAAGGCUCUUGUGUGUUAAUACUACCACAAAAAGCAGAAAUGACUGUCUUAUUAUUAGCUUAAAGUAAGCUUAAGCUGACACCUGCAUUACUGAAUAAUUUCAUGGCCCUCAUUGAACUGGUAAGACUGAUUUCUAGUACUAUACAUACAUACUUUACAGUACUUUGACUAUUUUGUUUGCGUGUGUGGGUGAUGAUUGCUUUCUGUGACUGAAUUGUCUUGGGAUGUUGUAUGUAUAUUUUUUUUUUCCUCACGUUCAUGUUGUCGUAGAUCUUCAUCUCAAUCUCUGUCUUGAGACUGAUUAAAUGAAGCUCAACUAAAUGAAUGUAAAAACAUGUUGGUGUAGCCCAUCGACAUAUAAAACACUUCCACCCACUGUACAAAAAUUAAGCCAAAAUAUCCCAGAUACAGCCACUGACAUAUUUAACCAUUCGGAUCUCUAAAUCUUUAAAAUAGCAGAAACCAUCUUUGGAAAAAAAUUUAUUUGACGUGUACUUUUCAGAUUGGCUAAUGUCCCAUCUGCUAACAUGGAGGCAACAGGCUUUAUGACCUGUGCUGCAGUCAGCCACCAGAGGGCAAUCAAGAUGUUUUGGCUUUACUUUUGCAGAACUGUCAUGUUGUCCAUCUUUAGUCCAUGUUCUUCAAAAUGCAAAAAAUGUCCUCAAGGAUUCAAUCAUGUUGUGUUUUGGUGACCUACUGCUACAAAAUAUACUUUCACACCAUGUUACAAGUGAAAUGUUACCACUCAUGUCACUUAAUGAGUUAAAGGUGUAAUAUGAUUGGCAUUUCUCAAGUGUGAUGUGAUGUGUUAUGUAUCGGCAAUUUAAUGCUAUAAUAUAAAGAUAUAAGAUUGUAAAGAAGUUAAUUUUGUUUGUAUAUAAACACAGCACUGGAGUUUAUUUUCAAGCCUCUACAGUUGUAGUUACUCCUCACACCAGAAGAGGGCAGGCUAACAUCACAUAAAAUCUACUGGAUCAAGUUCUCAGGAUUUCCCAGGGAAAGUUGUGUCCAUGUGUUGCAGUUGCCUUCAAAAAUAACAUAUCCACCAUUGUAAACAUUUAGGAUGUAGAUCCUUUUUGAAUAAUGUGUAAACUCAUACUGGAACUGAUAUAACCACACCUU